CAAUCGCCGAUUCAGAGCUUCAAGACUACACCAACAACGCCAACAACCAUGACUACUACUGUUACUGCCUUCGCGAAAGCUGGACUGCCCCUUGAUACUAAAGUCACUAAUGUCCAUGUGGACAUGAUGCACCCGACCUACAACGGCAAUGGUCAUGACGAAAUCAAUCCUUAUAAAGGUGAGGUUCUCACCCAGAAUUUGGACUUUAUUCCCCUAUCAUCAAAGACUUCCUCAGCUCCCAUCCAAGCAUCAAUGUCAGCAUCAAUGUCAGCAUCAGCAUCAUUGCCCUCCCCCUUAGUUUCACCCACACCUUCACCUACAACUGCCACCUUUAAUUUCGCGCCUGAGAUCACAUCCCGCACCGGAGAUGUUUUCCAAUCUACCCGAGAUGGUCAUCACGGUGGGCCCAGUGGGAACGGCUCUGGAGCCAACGGCGAUAACAAUGGUCGAGAUCGCCCAACCCCCGCUCAAGACCUUAGUUCCGCCAUGUUGGAAGCGAAUCAAGAGAUUCGGCAGUUGAGAGAACAGCAAACACAAGAGGCAAUGACAGAUCGAGUGAAGCGGUUGUCAAAAUCCAAUGCAGAUAGUGAUUCGGACAAGGAUAGGUUUUUGAGAGGGUUCGUUGACUUGGGGAUGGAGAUGGAGAUGGAGAUGCAACAACAACAACAACAACAACAACAACAGCAGCAGCAGCACCAGCAGCACCAGCACCAGCAGCAAAAUCCUCCUCAGCCAUGUAUGCCUUCCUUUGCAACAGGUCAUAGUGUCAGUCCCUUUGAUACCUCCGCUCCUGUUGCUGCUACACAACAUAACGAGGUUGUACGGCGCAUUGCUCAGAGAGUCAGCCUACAAUUGCGAGCCGCCAUUCAACGAGGUGACUCCUCCAUUAUAACCUAUCAUUCCUUGAUCGCUCAAGAAAUCGUAAAUACCCAAAAGACAGGAGAGCUGCCUAUUUCUCCUGCUGGCAGUCGCAAAAACUCUGUUGAUGAGGGCAAAGCCCAAGAAAUGGAGCUUGCUUGAAAAAACAAAGAGCCUGAGCAAUGACGCGUGGGCACACACGACUAU